ACGGCUGUGCGCUCAGCUGCUUUAGCCUGAGCACUGUGAGUGCAGACACCCGACGGGUUCGCGCUAUUAGAGUCCAGCGGGCCAAACCGAUCAUUUAACAACCGCAGCGCUCGAUAUAAUCUCCAAACAGAUCGCACGCAUCGAGCUACAGCAGCAGUUCGCCGCCAAAGCCCAGCCCACACAAAGGCACUGCCACACUGCCAUCAAAGAUCGCAUUACGCCUGGAAUGAUUCGCCACGUCUGCAUCAUCAUCGCAGCAGUCUUGCAGCGCUGCGCCAGCCUCGCCCCAAAAACCGUCGAGCGGAGGAGCGCCCUCGCCGCGCUCGCGUCGCUCGCCGCGCCGGCCAAUGCCAAGUCCUACCAGAGCGGUCUGGUCUUCGAGGGCGGCGCCGGCGGCCUUACGAAAACGAAGCCAAACACGGGCGUCAAAACCGCGGCCGGCGCCGUCGACGACGAGCGACCGAAGACGACGCCCGCGGGCCCCGUCGCGGCGCGCCUCGCGGGGCGCAAGGGCCUGCCCGUCGACGUGGCCUUCGACGCGCCCUUUCCCACGACGCCCGGUCUGGUGUCGCGCCGUGUCUGUCGCGGCGAUGGCGUUCAGCUUGCGUGGCGGCGAUGGCGUCCGCGGGGAGAGUUGGGACAGCCCAGGCGGCGAUGGCGUAGGGGGUUGGAUCGUCUCGUCCGCACGCCGUCGACGCGGCGAUGACGCAGGUCUCGCGCGACUACCAAACCGGCGACGGCGCCUACGUCCUCGUCGCUGCCGCGAAGGGUCCGCUCAAGAAGGUCGUCUCGGACAAAAUCUUCGCCGCCGACGGCAAGUACGGCUCCUACGGGGCGCCGGCCGACGUGCGCCUCGCGAAGUCCGAAAACCGCGGCGACGGCGACGAGGUCUUCGAGUACACCUUCGUGGCGCUGACGCCGGCGCGGCGCGGCGUCCGCACUUGAACGCGACGCGGCCGUCGCGUCGACGGCGUCGAGGCGGUGCCGCAUCGCGUCGAUGGCGUCGAGGCGGGGCCGCGUCGCGUCGACGGCGUCGAGACGAGAAACGCGAGAAGACCGCGAAUACGACGCAGGCGAUGCGCGAGGUCGCACGACGGGUACGCGCGCGCGCGAUCCAGGUCGGCGGCGACGACGUCUUCAUCUUGGUCGCCGGGAGCACGGCCGCGCGGUGGCGGGUGGCCGAGCCCGCUCUCUGCAAAGCCGUCGACUCGUUUUCGGCACGGCCGGCGCCGGAGUUCUCCGCGGAGAUGGUUGCUUUUCGGAAAAAGGGGGGUAAGUAAUGUACGCGUACAUA